AAGUCCGGCCCUUUGUAAACACUGGGAGUGGCCGUGGACCGUGUCACUAUGUAGUUGUCAUAGGCAUUUUACUGAGAAUGGCGCAGUAUACUUUCAUAAUACAAACAACAAUCAACUUCAUAAUAUUAUCGGAAUGGGGGAAGGGAAGUGUGAGAGGCGGACAAGUGGGUGUGGGCAGUCAGCGGGACCUCGGACACCAGCGGGUGUCUCUCGUGGGAUCUCCUCCAGGCGGUGGACCCCUGCGGCAGGUCGGGUCCCACACGCACCUGGUCAUGCAGGUGUUGGCCGCCCUUGACAAGGCCAUUGGUUAUUAUGAGAAGAAUUAUGAGAUACUUAAGUUUGAUGGUAUGUUUGGUGCCAAGGUUGUUGAAGGCCAGUUAAAUCUUUUGGUUGCGGAGUAUAAUAAUGGUUUCCUCAGUGGCAUAAUGGACAACAUCAUGAAGAAUGAUAUCUCAGGAAUGGCAGCUAGGGCAGGACGUGUUGUGAAACUAGCAAUUCCAUACUUGCAUGAAAAGGAACCAGAAUAUAUGAAAAGAUUAAAGCGGAUAUUUCAGUUGUCUUGGGAUAUUGGACACUCUCAUCGCACUGUUGACAUGUCUCUACUUUGGUCCAAUCAUGUACGUCUUCUUGCCCAACCUGAAACCCUCAAUGAACUGGAGAGUGACCAUUGCAUGGCUGAACUUCUAGAACCAGUAAAUGGGAUGAUGUGCCACAUGACUGAGAGUUGCCAGAGAAUGAUGACUACACCUGGAAGAGAGAAAUAUGCCUUAAGUCAUCAAAUAUUGUACACUAUGGUGGCAGAGAUGAGUGGAUGUGGAAGUCGCUUAGAACAGUGGUUGGUUAAACACAAGCGUAGUGGAAGUGUGGAACAGCUCCAAGGAGAGAUGUGCUCCAACCUUUACUCUGAGGCUCUGUCACUUGCUACUGCUAUGUUCACUGACAAUAUUCUUACAUUCAGAGACCUUUUAUUGGAAAUGGAAUUCAUCUGUGGCAUGUUAGGCUAUGUGGAGUUCUUGAAGCGAGACUGGCUAAUUGGUAUAUUUCAAUGGCAAAGGGAAUCUGGCUGCUUUCCAGCCACUGAACCUUAUAUUGGUAGAAAAUUGCUCUCAGAGGAAAAGCUACCAGAUGGGUGUCUUUUACAUCUGACAGCAGUUGCAUCAUCAGCAUUGUCAGUCCAUCUCCGUUAUUUGCUGUAUCCAGGAUAUGAGGUAGUAAAAGUUAAGGAAGCUGCCACAGUAGUUUCUCCACUACCAUUGAUAAUGCAGCCACCACUUGGGUCUUUCCAAGUGCAUACUGGGUCUGGAGUAUUGCUGAAUCAACCACUCUUUAGGGAAGACAUUCCUUCAGGAUUAAGUAGGGUAGCUGAACAAGACAAAUCACUAGAAGAUAAGGCAGAUAUUGUCUUGAAACAUCUAGAAGAAAUGAAGUCAAGUAUAAAGAAGAAAGUUUCCAUAACACAGGGAGCUGUGCCCCUACAGUCUAAUAAACCUGGUGUGGCUGGGCACUCCGAUACAUUCUUCCUUCCUGAACAGACUGUUCCAUUAGCUCAAUAUUUAUCAUCCACAACAUCUGGAAUGGCUUCUCAUGUGUCUAUGGGUCCAUUCUACUUUGUGAUAGCCAGUAUAGCAUUGGUCAUUAUUGUAAUGCUUAGAUAUGUUCAUGCCAAAAGAAGAGCUCAUUCUAUGUUUAGAAAUAGAUUCAGACUAUAAGUGAAUUAAAGUUAUUGUUUGAAAGAUUUUUGCUUUGUUAACUUUCAUAUAUUUUCAAACCUAUUUUUAUUUUGAAAGUUUUUAUAUAUAUUUGUAAUAAAUGUGAACCUGUGAAAGACAAAGAUGUAAUUUCUUUGUAAUUGCUGAUUCCGAUCUGCAACUAUUAUAUCUUCAAUUACUGGUUUAUGGUGAACUAGUAUCUGAUACCUUGAUUCCUUAAUGGUCUUCCAAUCACGUUGUGUGUUUCUUGCCAGUGUAUUUUAUAUAAAGAGAGCAUUCUUGAACUUCAUAUAGGAGUUAGGUCUUUCCUAAUCCUUAGGGAAAAUUUACUCUUGUAGUUGUAUAUCUUAUUCUAAAGAUGAACCUAAUGAUGUAUUCACGAUUACAGUAUAUGAUAGAUAAAUUAUGUUUAAUAUGGAUUGUUUCGGUAAUUUGAUAUGAGGAUUUUUAUGGAUGCAUUUUAUUAACUUUGUGUUGCACAAAUUUAUUUGAAACCUUUUAGAUAAUUGUUGUCUUAAUUUGCAGAGAAUAGCUAUCAGUUUGAGGUUGUAAUAAUCUCAGUAAUGAAUCGUGAUUUUGAUUUGCUGGUGUUAAUAAUCUUUCAGGCAUUCUUUCACAAUUUGGCCUUCCUUGACAUGGUCAGGAACAGGUGGCCGUCCACCCUUUUGCCUCAGUGCCUGAAUCGUCGUUCUGCAUGUUAUCUUGUGUUUUUCCUUACAUUUCGUAUAUUUACUGGGAAGGCCCCCCCUCACUAGUUCUCCCAGCUUAAAUACUGGUUAACUGAGCCUUAGGACCCUUACAUCUAGCCUCUGAAAACCAUCCAUUUCUUAUUGAAUCAGAGAAAAACCCAAAACCAGGGUGAACCCCCUCCAGAAAGCAUAGUACCCCUGUAUAUCACCUGUUGUGACUAAAUAUUUGUUGAGCUAAUCAAGGUCCCCCUAGCCAAAAGUAAUGCUUUUCACAUGGUCACCUAUCCAGAUUCUGGCCAAACCUAAUGGUGCUUAACACUUCCACGCAUUGGGCGAGCGAGUGCCAGACCACCCUAAGAUGAGCCGGGCAUUCCACGUGAGCACGCGGUAAUACUGAAACGUGUAUGCUCUUUUCAAUUUUGUCACCUUAAUUCUCGUCCUAGUUUUUCAAUUUGGUAUCAAUGUGUUUGCAGUAGAAUUCCCUACAGGAUUAUAUGCAUAUAAUGUCCAAAACCGCGGUGCGCCCCACCCUCAGCCAAGCCGAAAGCAGGCCAAUUUUUUACGCAUUGAUGCGUCAUUCCCACACAUUCAUCUAAUAUAUUUUUGACGCCAUACUGUGUCGUCCCUGCACGAAAGUGUUAAAUUAAUGUGACUAAAUGACAUUCAUUUACAUCAAGGUAGAAUGUGCCAAGUAUUCUACCCCAAAGAGAUUCCACCUUCUAAAUAUCCUUAUAAUAAUACAGUAUAUUGACCAUGCCCUAAAUUUUAAUAAAGCUGGGUACCUUCUUGGUAGAUUUUUUUAUUCUUAUUAGUCAUAAAUUUUAUUGCAAAACAUUUGUCUAUUUCUCCAUGCGUUGAUAUCAUCACCACCACUAAUUCCCAAUUUUUCUUUUUCAUUGGGCAGGGAGACAUUAACUAGAAAAGUUAGGCGAGUAGUGUAGGAAAAUUUUAAAAUUAUGUACAGUAUGACAUCCAUCUAUUCACCGUCCUCCACACUAAAGAGAAUGGGCAACUAUACACUCGAGCAAAUCAUAUAAAGUAGCAUUACACUACUUAAUGAGACUAGAUGCAGAAUGGUCAUUUGGGAUUUGUCACUUCAAAACAAGACAAAUAGUCUCUGCCUCUAAGAAACUGCUUCCAAUUAACUUUGUUCCCUACUGUUUCUCAUGUUUCAUCUCACACUAUCUCUGAAAUAAUCGCUCAACCAUUUUUUAUGAAGUUUCUUCAUUCACAGUGAAAUUGUCAAUAGUUUAAAACUUUACAAAUAUUUAUUAGAAUAAGCAAUCAAACCAAAAUAAUGAGUUUGCUUUCAAACUUUGUUGGUUUGAUAAAUUUUGUUAUAAUUAUUAAACAUUGUGCAUAAUGUUUAGCAAAGGUGAAUUAUCAGUUUAAUUUGUGUAAUUGUUAAUCAAAUAGGAUUAAUGUUGGCAUUGAUGUACUUUAAAUAUUACAUAAUUGAAGUAGAUCUAAUUAUAUUUAAUGAGUCAUAUUAUUUUAGCUUGCUGAAGUUUCUGUCAAAGUCAAGUUUUUAUUAUUUCAAUAAACCUUUCUCUGAGUGAUUGAACCACAUAAACUAUAAAAUUCAUGUUUUGACUAAUGUUUGAGAUCGUCAGACCUUUACAUCUUCUACACUUGAAAUAUUUAUCAAGUAAUGUGCUUAGUGUCUAUUGUUGAAUUAAUUACAGUACUUUGAUAAAAUACUUUUAACAUUGGACCUUCAAUAUAUAUACAGUUAAGAAUGGUGUGUAGAUUUAUGUCAUAUAACAUAUAUGAUGCAGCAAGGCUGUGGAAAUGAAUCCUGGCUAAGUGAAGGUUGGAAUGUUUUGUGUAUUUGUAAGGCACUGCCAAAUAUUUGUACAGUACUUUGAUAUAUUUUCAAUAAUGUCUUUACAAGUGCCAGAAGUAUGCAAACACUUACUGUUAACAAUGAUUGCAUACUGAAAUCCUUAUUAAUAAUAAUUUGUUAUAAUUGUACAGUACAGUCCGCUAUUAGUUAUUGUUUACAUCGAUGGUUUGGCCUUGUUGCUAGAUGCUUUUGAUCAUGAUAACAAUCUCUAAAGCUAUAUUUGAAUUCACAAUGUGCAUAUUUCAAAGCUGAGCAUGAGUUCUCCUCUGCUUGAUGUUUGCGCUUGCAUGAGUGUUGCAAAAUUUAAUUUGAAUGAGGAUAAGACAUUUGUUGAAUCUUAAUGGUAAUCUUAGAGGGUUGCAGAUUUGCAAAUGUUGGUAUGUACUUUCACUUUAGUAUUGUUGCUUUGUAGCCUGUCAAUUUAAUUAGGGAUCUAGGGGUUUACUUAAAUUCUUCAUUAUCAUUUAAUAGGUACAUAAACCAGAUUUUUGAAGGUGGCAAAUGUUCACUUUGAAGAAUUUCUUUAUGAGGAGAACAUCUUGGUUUUCAUCAAUUCAUUUGUUCCCUCUAGAAUCACUCUCAGUGGACAGUGCCUUGACGCAGUGCGGGGGGGGCUCUAGUGCACUGCCUGCGUGUAGGAGGGGUAGCUCCUGCUCUCCUCUUCUGCAUGCUGUGGCAUUGCUCAAGCAAGGUCUAUUUCCAUAUGUUAGGCAUGUAUGAAGACCUAUACAUGCCCUUCUGUUUCUUCAUCUGGGAGUUGAACCUGUCCAGCAGUAGUGGGAUGAGGGGGGGAGAGGGGGGGUAACAUGCUUCUUUGGUGAGGGGACGGGGAUAAAACAGGAGGUUCAAUGUGGUCCAUCUGAAUCAAUCGGCUUGCCUGGUUAGCUUCGCCUAGUUAGACAUCAAGUCAAGCACCCCUAUUGGUCUCUGGGAUGCCAUUCGGCCCUGCAGUGGUGACCCAUGUAUACUGUUCUGAUAGGUAAACUGUAUUAUGGCUGCCCUGCCUACUCCAUUGCCUUCCUUUGACCCUUCAUUAUCUUGAUGCUUUUCACCAUGCUGGGUUGCAUCUCAGUUCUGGUGCUAUUUGUUUGUUCCCUACCCAGAGCUUUUAUGUUGAAAUCGUCAUCUUGUCGCUAUAGGAUCGUCAGAAUUGUUACUGCCUUCACUACCUUGCAUGGUGACUGUAACAUCCUUAUUCUCACUUUUGCAAGCUUUGGCUUUUACCCCUCUGGUCGAUCGUCUUUUUUUCAACACCUUCCUUUUACUAUUUUGAUGUCUCACUUACAGGCCUCUCUUUCAGUUUGUGUUUGCUAUGUCUCUCCUCGUGUGAUUCCUUCCUUGCCCCCAUGGUGGGGUCCCACUUGUAAUGUUCUGCAAGACUUUGACCCACAUGAUCAAGACUUACACUUCCCUCCUAUUGUUGUGAAAUGCCUUUUCCUUGAAUAUAUUCUUCACGCUCACAUUCUGUUGCCCUAUUCACAUACGGAUCUACGUUUGCCAACAGUAUUGGCUACUCUAUGGUCUUUCUGGACUAAACCUAUUUGUGCCACCUACCCCAUGGAGUCAUGCAUCUUCACAACUGAACUGUAAUUUUGCAUGCUCUUUGUCAAUUCCUUUUCCGAUGUCAACACUCUUUUGUAAUUGUGGUUGACUCUGGCAGUGCUCUCAUGGUUCUGGAAUCAUUUAACCCUAUGCAUCCUGUGGUAGACGAAAUCCAAUAUUGGUUGUUUCUUAUCUCUAGCAGGAUUAAGAUAGUUGAGUUUUGCUGGGUUCCCAGCAAUAUUGGUACAGUAUUAGCAUAAAUAAGCAUGCAAAUGCUGCUGCUAAGGAAGCUGUCAGCACUUGACCUGUUUCCUAAAAAAGCAUUCUUAAUUCAGAUUUCUACCCAGUCAUUUAUUCAUCGAUCUGAGAAUGUUGACAAGGUCAUUGGUCUGAUGUUAUAGGUAACAAACUGCAUGCUCUUAAGGAUAGCCUGUUCUCUUGGCCUUCCUCCUACCACAUUAAUUGGCAGUGGGGAAACAGUUCUGGCAAGGUUACUUAUUGGCCAUAUGCGCUGAACUUAGACACUUAAUUAACACUUUCGCGCUUUGGGCGAGCGAGCACCAGACCACCCCAAGGUGGGGCCGGGCAUUCCAUGUGAGUGUGCGGUAAUACUGAAAAGUGUAUACUCUUUUUUUUUCAAUUUUGUCACCUCAAUUCUUGUCCUAGGGCCGGGCAUUCCACAUGAGUGCGCGGUAGUACUGAAAAGUGUAUACUCUUUUUUUUUCAAUUUUGUCACCUCAAUUCUUGUCCUAUGAUUUUUCAUUUUGGUAUCAAUGUGUUCGCAAUAGAAUUCCCUACAGGAGUAUUUGCAUAUAAAGUCCCAAAGCCCGGCGUACCACUCAUACCAAACCAAGAAAUUGGCCGCACGAUAUUACCCGUGAGCGCGCAAAAGCAAUAUACAGUAAUGUGUAUACUCUUUUUCCUCUUUGGUCACCUCAAUUCUCGUCCUAGGUCUUUCAUUUUGGUAUCAAUUUGUUCGCAAUAAAAAUCCCCUACACGAGUAUAUGUAUAUAAUGUCCAAAAUUGUAGCGUGCCCCACCCACAGCCAAGCCUAAAGCAGGCCAAAUUUUUACAUUUUUGACGCCAUACUGCGUCAUUCUUGCACAUUCGUCUAAUAAAUUUUUGACGCCGUACUGCAUCGUCACCGAGCGGAAGUGUUAAUAGAAUGUUGCUCUGAUCCUAAUUGUCCGAAUUGCCUUAUCCUUCUUACAGUCGUGCACCUCCUUGUAGAAUAUUCCGAUUUUCAGGAUGUUUGUGUGUCUUCCCAAAUGUUCCUUGUGGUCAUUUGUCCUUCUAUAAAAUCCUUAGUGAAUCUAAUACCUUCAAUAACCCUCACCUUAUAUGCUUUCCUUCUCGUAUUUACCUCCUUGGUGAUAUUUAGCGCCUCUUGAAUAUCCUGUUACCGUGAUGGUGCUGCAUGGUCUCAACGGCUUGGUGCCUUCUUUUGAUAAUUACUUCCUCUACAAUAUUUUUGUGCAAUUGUUUCUUUGUGGUUUGCCAAACUAAUUAUUUAAUUUCUAAGUACAAAAUCAUGCAAUAAUGUGCUGAUGGUAGCCAUGGUGCUCUAUUUUGUUGUAUAAUAUGGGUAUAAGUACAAAGAAGAAUAGAUGGUGCUCAUUAGAAUGUUAAGAGGAUCUGGGGAGAGAUUUAAGGUCUACCCAAAGAUUGCUAAUAGAUUGCUAAUGGAUUUUGCAGGAACAAUAAUGUAAUCAAAUAAUUAGGUAAAUGAAUCUCAGUGCAUGUAUGCAGUUUUGUAUUGUGUUUUAGAGUAGUAAAUCAGAUGUGGGAGAACUGUCAGCACCUAAAAAAUUGUAGAAAAUAGUUUUAGAUUAAAUUGUGAUUUAAUUUAGAUUAAAUUAUGAUGGAUGAGGUAUGGCAAAAGUACUUUCCUUUUUUUAUUUUAACUAGAGUUGUAAGAUUGUCAAAAUAUAGAUAUAAAUAUAUGUGAGGAUAGUUUUUAUUGGAAGGAGUAAUAAAAUUAUUGAAAAUAAUAUUAAGAGAUGGUAUGUAUAGGGUUUAGUGAAAAUAAGGGAAUGAGUGCUUAAAUAUUUCAAAUUACUGAAAGGUAAAUAGGUUUUUGGUACUCAGGAAGAUCGAGAAAUAAUACUGGUAUGUGAUUUGACAGGUGGAAAUAUUGUAAAGUAUUAUUUAACACACUUUAAUAUAUAGUAUUGAAACAUUAGUAUGACAUAAUAUUUACAGUACUGUAUAAAAUUUUUAGUGAAAUAGCGCGAGUGGAUUGUUAAACAUGAAAAGUGAAUGAUGGGGAAAUAUGAUGUAGAACAGUGGCUUAUAGUAAAGGUGUAGAGAUAUUGCAGAUACUUGAGGAUGUUGCUGAUAGGAUAUGUGGGAAAGGAAUUGAUAGAGUAUAAGAGUAAGAUAAAAAUUUGAUUAUUUAGCAUUGUCUUAAGUAUGUUGAUCUAGGCCUUAGGCCAGGUAUUGCAACCAGUUAGGUUAUUCAGUGCCAUGGUUUUCCUAGAUCACAUUCUGUCAGGUAUUUUAACAUUGUCCAUAAUCUGAAUAAGAGAAAAUUCUGUUAGACACUGUAGAAAAAUUGGGGUAUGACAUACAUAGAUAUAUUAUAAUUAAAAUCAGAUGCUUACAUAAUGCAUAUCCAUAGUAAUUUCCUUGGAAUGAGCUUUGCCAAAUACAGUAACAAUGAAAUAUUAUUUUAUUGUAUUCAGUAACACUGUAUACAGUACUUGGAAUCCAUUCAUGAGCCAUUCUUUUCCACUUACACAUCCAUAAGGUGAUACCCUAUUGUUAAGAAUAGGGUUAUAAUCUAAUUGUUAACUCUAGUGAAUAUAUUUGUCAGAUAUUGCCUAACAUGCAUCACUUGCCAGUAUUUGCUGGUUAUCAUUUUCAAAUGCUACCUUUUUUCAACCUUCAAGUGCAUUAUUUCAUAAGAUCAUGUUUGCCAUUCAGUCCACUUUGUUGUAAGCUGAUUUGUCUGUUAAACAAAGCUAAUAUGAUUUAUUUCACGUAUGAAAUAAGUUGGAUGAAGAUGACUAACUUAUAUUCGGCGAGUUGAAAUGAAUAGAUUGCUCCACAGUGCAACAAAUAAACCCAUUUAUUUUCACAUCCUCGUUCACAACAUUUUUCUUCUAUAAAUUAUCCAGAAUCGGGCUUCUAAAUGCAUCUGCAACAUUCCUUUGCUUAAAUAAUGUAUUGCCUCAUCUACUGCAGUGCAUAUCUAAUUUCAUGUUACUUUAGCAUGUUUUCUUUUAUAACUCUCCUCUGACGUGCAUUAAGUCUAUACUGUCCCAGCAGACUCCUGCAUGUAUCCCAUUGAUAGCUUUCUUGCCCUAUCUUUUCUCAUCUUUAUCACUCACUCAUUUUUUAUUUAACUCCAGCUCUAUUGUUAACAUAAUUUGGCUCUUUUUUUUUUUUGCUUUUGUUCUGACCUGUUUAUUUAUGUCAGAGAAAACUAAUUAUAUAAUCACUUCAAUAUAUAUUAUCUGUUUUACAGGCUUCCUUUAAAUAUUAAGGUUGUAUAAAAUGACAUACUUUUCAUAGCUGUUAUAUUGAUUGAAAUAGACUUUAUGCUUAAUUGUUUGUAUUUGGCAUAAUUACCUUUCAUGCUACCUUUUUAAUAUAAAAAUGUUAGCUCUUUGAUUUGUAUGAUUAUACAUUAGGUCUCUAGGCCUCUUUCCAUUAUAUUCUGUGAUGGUUAAAUGGUGGCUAAUUAUAUUACUCAUUGUUACCCCACAUAAUUUUAUUAAGGCUUUAAUGUAGUAUAUUUUACUAAUUCUCUAAACAAAAUUUGUAUAAAUAACACUGAUAAACAGAAUGUAUAAAAUAUGGACUAUUGCACCCAAAACAAAUCCAUGUUGUGUACUUGGGUACUGGUAUAGAGUACUAUAAGACAACAAAGAUUGCAUUUAUGCAUGUUAUUAUGCUAGUAAAUGUUAAGUUUGCUUGUUGCUUGUUUCUCUGGCCCUCUACAAAAUUUAUACAUUACUACAAACUGUUGAUUUUUUGGGUGCUACAGUCUAUAAAAUUAUUCAGUCACUGUAGGUACUGUACUAUAAUUUUUGGAAAACAGGUUGUGUGUGUUUGGGAUUUCCCCACUAAAAAUAACUCCUUUUAAUUAAAUUAAUAGGGCAAGAAUUGACAUAUUGUGUUCAUCCUGUUAUGCUUGCAAUGUAAGCAUUGUUAUAUGUAAAUUAAUUUUGAGGACUGUAUGUGUACAUAAGAAUUAACAUUAAACUGCAUUAAAAUUUGUCAAUACUGUCACUACAAUCUCCCAUUUGUAACCAUGUGAUAAUUUGUGAUGGUUAAUGCUGUUGAAAGCAUCACCUCAUUUUAACGUUUUAGAUUUCAUUAUUGGCUUGUUUGAGAUCACAUUGUUGUACAUAUUGUUUGAUGUGAUAAACAAUAAAGGCUGUGCUUUAU